AUGUAUACAGUAAAUAUACUUGUUAUAGAUGUAUACAAUAAAUAUUAUUUGCAUGAAAAAAUGCUUAUUUGCAUGUGUUUACUAUAUUUGUGUAUGCAUAAAUCGGUGAGGAAUUUAUUAGGCAGACCUGUACACCCGGUUGUUAAUGCAAAUAUUUAAUCAGAUAUUCAUGUGACAGAAACUAAAUGCAUAAAAGCAUACAGACAUGGUAAAGAGGUUCAGUUGUUUUUCAGAUCAAAUGUCACAAUGGGGAAGAAACGUGGCUUUGAAGUGACUUUGACCGUGGAAUGAUUGUUGGUGCCAGACAGGUUGGAUUGAGUAUCUCAGAAACUACUGAUCUCCUGGGAUUUUCACGCACAACUCGUCAAACCACUUAGAUGGAUAGGCUACAGUAGCAGAAGGCCAACCCAAAAAAAAAAGUAGAAUAAAUACUGAAUAAAUUGCGUAGUGAGAGCUUACACAUGCAUGUGCAUACCUGCGUGUUUUAUCAAUACGUGUUGAGCAGGAGUUUCGACUUGGCUCUGUAGUGUGGUUUUGGUUUUAAAUGUGCUUCCCCCGGUUCAGAGAUGUGAAGGCGUUGUGGUGAACUCCCUGACUGGAAGGCUUAGGUGAUAUUCGCAGUAGAGCCGCUGCAGUCGUGUACUUUCCAACAGGUCACGUUUCAGCCCAAACUCACCUCAGCCUACCUCUGUGUCUCACAGGUCACUCUCUGCCCUCGGAGUCCCCAUUUAAAGCACAACACAGCGUCCGCAGACUAAGAUGUCCUCUAAAAUGCCGAGCUCCAGCAGCAUAGCGCAGGCGCGGAGGACGGUCCAGCAGCUGAGGAUAGAGGCCAGCAUGGAGAGGAUAAAGGUGUCCAAAGCAUCAGCAGACCUCAUGCACUACUGUGGAGAACACGCCAAGUACGACCCCCUGCUCAUGGGCAUCCCGGCAUCAGAAAACCCCUUCAAGGACAAAAAGCCCUGCACGAUAUUGUAGUGGGUUGCUCCUCCAACCCGUUUGCUUUUUAAUGUUCCUUUUUUAUAGAUCGAAAACAAUUUAAAACAAACAAAAAGUUCCCCUAAAGUCUCCCUUAAUGUGCCCCUUAUUAAAAACGAGUGGUUAAGUGGUUGAAUUGCAGGCACUGUCUGCCUCGCCACUGUAUUCCGACUGAUCUAAAGGAGGAAAAAAAGCACAAUGUAAACAUACACCACCACUUCUGAGAUGUAAUUGGCUGGUAAUCUGUGUCCUUGGAAACAAAGCUUGAGGAUGAGGAAUCACGAGUGAAUGCUGGUAUUGGAUGCAGCAUUAAGCGGUAAAAAAAAAAGUUGUAGUCAUCAAAAGCCUAAACAAGGGUCCAUAGUUCCUUUGCCCAUAAUUUCUUCAGUCAUUUGGGACCCAUUGAUAAUCCGGCUUGAUGAAAUCUUUAGUCAAUAGUGAAUGGCACUGAUAAGCAGUUUGCAAACACUGCCCUUGUGAGCUCACAGUGUCUCUAUCUUCCUUAUGACCGGCCUGCACUGUUAAUGAAUGACCGUCUAACUGAAAAGGAAGCCCUGCUCGUCACAGGGGGAGGGGCCGGGGCUGGAUGAAAAGGUCACUGCCGUCGCGUCGGAGACCGAGAAGCAUGCUUUAGUGUGAACCGCGGCGGUGCUUCGGUUGUGAUGCUGACGGGGGGACGACGUCAUCGCCCUGGCCACGCCCAUCCAUCGAGGUGAACUUGUGAAGGCUAUGCACAGAUUUAUGUGUAGAGACACAGCGGGAAGGGACGUAAGAAUUUGGUGGGUGUUUUUAAUUGUUACGGUGGGCUCCGGGGUGGGGAAAGCUUAAAUUGAACAGGAAAGAAUGAAAGUGGGGGGGAAAAGCAAUAAAAAGGAAAACCUCUCUGACUUGUUUAUCACGUCUGAGGCCAAUCUGAUAUACACCUCAAACUCUGUUUCCAUACCUCCUUUCUGUUCCUUGCAUCUUAAGCAGACUGAAUGUCUGUUUCUCUCUGGUUUACAUUAUUUUGUGUUCGGUUCUUUUGUGAGGCGAUAUGGAACCUGUGAAGGCACCUUCCAACUGUCACUUUUACAACCCAAGCAAGUGUUUUGAAACACCAUUAAUCUGCAUUGUGCGUUGUUUCUCCAUAUUGCCAGUCUAAUUUAUUCGUAAUUCAGCAAAAGAAUCAAUAAUCCUUCUAUUUUUCUAAACGUCAUCCUGGCCUAAAAAGAAAAAAACGAUUGAAUAAGUUACAAAUUCCUCCACAACUGAUCAGUUCCAUGCAGUGUAUUGCUACAGUAUUCCUUUCCGGGAGCAAGCCUCUGUAGUUCAUAUGUUCAUUGAUGCACAGCCAUUUGUUUGAAGACUAAUAAGUAAGAGUUUUGAAGUACUGUAUUGAAGCUUAGAAUAAAUCCUGUACUCUUUUGCCAUUGAACUUGGUACCCUGUGACUAGCCUAGCUAAAUCUGACCAGCCGUAGGUAUGUGAUAGCCAUGCAGGACAAUUUUAUUGUUGUGUAAUAUAAUCAUGUUUAAAUUGUAACCCUUUAAAUGCAUAUGCCUUACGUUAUUAUGAAGGAAAUUUCUGUUUCUGUCAGAAUAAUUUACAUCAACCGAAUAUACGGUAUAGGAGUUCAAACUUACUUGUGCCAUUGUGUCCACGGAUUGUAGCAGAAACCCAGAGUGAAAGUGCUGUGUCAUGAAAACGGUUUGCCUGAUUGUACUUCAUAUACAGGGUGUUCAUACUUCAACAUAGUAGCUGGUAUCUGGAAAGGGUCUUUAUUAAGUGAUUAAAUUAAGAUGGUUUCAACAUUAUUUGGGUUUAGCAACCCGGUGUGAAUGUGAUGAUUGUGUGAUUUGACAUUCCAUGUUUACAGCUGUACUUCUCUUCCUGAUCAUUCACCAUGGCAACCAUACAGCUGAUAUAGGUGCCACUGACUGACUGGCAGAUUAUAACAGCUUAAUGGGAAUGAGAAACCUUAGCUAAAGUGUGUCUAGUUCCCCCUUGCUCCUAUCCUCUGAUAGUGAAGCCCCUUGACCGUUUAACCGUGAUAUGUUAUAACAUUGCAACGUUGCAGCAACAUUGCGAGAACGUUUUUGUGUCUGCUGGGUUACCAACAUGAUCCCCGCUCUGUUUUUCUCACCUGCGUUUGGGACGUGCAAAUGGGUAAUUUUCUGAAGCAAUGCAAUCGCUGUGACCGCAUAGCGGUCUCUCUAACUGUAAUACUGUCUUAAAGGGAGCCUGUUUGAGCAGAUUCGUGCCUGUUGCAGAAGUGAAAUCUGUGGAAGAUGACUGUGUUUCUGCAUAGUUCUGACUCCAUCUCACUACCUAACUAAUAUGGCCUGGUGAUCACUGUGUAUAAUUGCUCUCUUGAUGAUGUAUCCUUUUGCUGUUGCUUUGUAUGGUAUAACUUGCCUAACUAGCUCCACACAUGAUUAUUCUUUUUUUUUUUUUCUAGUUUUCUAUGUUCUUUUUUUUUAAAAAUUUUGGUCUCUGUACCUUUUUGCCUUUCAUUUACGGAAUAUUGCUUGAAGAAAAUGAAAACUUGUUGUUUUGCCAACUUAACUCCUGUACUUGUAACUGAUAGAUGCUUCCUUUCUUUAGAUUUAACUAUUCUUCUUAGUGGAUUGUGGAGCUGUAUUUUAGUUUCCUGUACUGUAAAGUUUCCUACUUCAUUAAACAUAAUUGUGGUCUA